AUGGAGUUCAACAAACCGGAAAAUUUGAAGUUGUCCGGAAGCUUAGCGGAAAAUUUCAAAAUUUUUAAAGAUGAAAUAACAGUGUUUUUUGAAGCGACGGAAACCACAAGUAAGCCAAUGAAAACUCAAGUUGCCAGAUUAUUAAAUUUGCUGGGCAUUGAGGGGUUAAAGCUGUAUAGGUCAUUCAAAACAGACAAUACCAAAGAAACAGUGGAUUCUAUUCUACAAGUAUUAGAAGAAUACUGCACCCCCAAGCGCAAUGAAGUUAUGGAGCACUUCAAGUUUUUCACAAGAAAACAAUUACCAGAGGAGAAUUUUGACAAUAUUGGGAGUGGCAAGCAAAGAGGACAGGCAAAAUUGUUAAGGAGUGAUUUACCGUUGGAAAAAACAAUCAAAGUAUGUCAAGCUGUCGAACAGACGGAAACCAAUUGCAAAAUUUUGGCAGACGAUCAACCACAGGACAUUGACUACAUGGAGCGACAGAAGGGAUUCAACAAAAAGGGAACAUGGAGCAGAGGAAAAGAACAACAGGAGCAGCAAUCGCAGAAACAAACGGUAUUUAAUUGUAAUAAAUGUGGUAGGCGUCACGGUAUAAAAGAAUGUCCAGCAUAUGGGAAAGUAUGUAUGAAUUGUAAAAAACAAAAUCAUUUUGCGGCUAAAUGUAGAAAUAAUAAAGAGGUUGAUAUGGUGGAGUGUGAGGACCAAAUAUGUGAAUACUUAUAUCUGGAUGAAAUACAGAAUAAAAAUAGCAACACAUGGGUGGAAAGGAUAAAGAUAAAUAACAAAGAUUUUGAAGUUAAAAUAGAUACGGGUGCUCAAUUAAAUGUUAUGCCACAAACAUGUUUUAAGUUAUUGGGUGUAAAAUUGUUAAACAGUAAUGUAGUAAUUAAAGCUUUUGGUGGCACCCAGAUUAAAUCUAAGGGUAAAAUAAAUGUAAUUAUUGAAAAUAAAGAGAAAAAAUUAGCUAGUACAUUUGAGAUUGUUGAAUAUAACGGAAUGCCAAUAUUAGGUUAUAAAGAUAGUAAAGGAUUAAAGUAUACAAUGAGUGAAAUUGAAGAAAUAGAAGAAAUAGAAUUAAAGGAAAAAAUUAUAAAAAAAUAUAAGGAUGUAUUUAGUGGAAUAGGAACUUUCCCAGACAAAGUGCAAAUUAAAUUAAAAGAAGGUAGUGUGCCUAUUGCAAAUAACCCUAGAAGAGUUCCAAUUAAAUUAUUAGAAAAGUUGAAAGAAAUGUUAGUAAACUUGUGUGAGAAAAAGAUAAUUGAGAAAAGUGAGGAGCCAAGUGAGUGGCAAAAUAAUCUAGUGUUGAUUGAAAAACCAGAUAAGUCUCUUAGGAUGUGCUUAGAUCCAAAGGAUUUGAAUAAAUGUAUUAUAAGAGAAAGGGUAGAAAUUCCUACGUUAGAGGAAGUAAGAAAUAAGUUAAUGAAUAAAUCAUUUUUUACAAUAGUAGAUCUAAAGGAUGGGUUCUAUCAAUGUGAAUUAAAGGCCGAGUCUAAGCAAUACUGUGCAUUUAGUACACCUUUUGGGACAUACCAAUUCAACAGACUACCAUUUGGCAUUGCAUGUGCUCCUGAAUUAUUCCAACAGUUAACAAACAAAUACUUUGGUAAUAUUAAUAAUGUAUGUGUGUACAUAGAUGACAUUUUAAUUAGUGGGGCAACAAAAGAAGAACAUGAUGAGGCACUGGAAAAGGUAAUGAGAACAGCAAGGCAACUAAAUAUUAAAUUUAAUAAAACAAAAUUUCAGUUCCAAAAAAAUCAGAUUAAAUAUUUGGGUCUCAACUUUAGUCAGAAGGGGGUAGAACCCGACAAAGAAAGAGUAAGAGUGAUUACAGAAUUAAAAAGUCCUACAAACAUCAAAGAGUUGCAAUCAAUUUUGGGCAUGAUAAACUACUUAAGAGCAUUUAUUCCAAAUAUGUCAGAAAUAGUGGGACCAAUGAGAGAGUUGUUAAGAAAGGACAGUAUGUGGGUAUGGAGCAAGGAAUGUGAGGCGGCAUUUAACAGUUUAAAAGAUAUUUUGGCACAAGUACCUACAUUAGCAAAUUAUGACUAUAGGGAUAGUUUUGAAAUACAGUCUAAUGCGUCACAGAAAGCAAUAGGAUGCUGCUUGUUCCAAAAAGGUAGGCCUGUUUAUUAUGCGUCCAGAUGUCUGAGCAGCACAGAACAAGAUUACGCACAAAUAGAGAAAGAAAUGUUGGCUAUAAAAUUUUCCUGCGAAAAAUUUCACCGGCUUAUCUAUGGACAGAAAAUUAUUAAAGUUCAAACAGAUCAUCAGCCUUUAAUUUCGAUUAUGAAAAAAGAUAUACAUAGGAUACCAAACAACAGGUUAAGAAGGAUGAGAGUAUAUUUAUUGGGGUAUAAUCUAGAUGUUCAAUAUUGCCCAGGCAAAUAUAUGUAUGUUGCAGAUUUGUUAAGCAGAAAUUAUACUACUCAUACUGAGAAAACGGAUAAAACAUUAAAUGAUAUAGUUCACACAAUAGAGGAUAUAAGGAUUGAGUUUAAUAAUAACAAAGAGAAUGAAUUUAAAAAAGCAACAUCGGAAGAUAUAGUAUUAAGCAAGAUAUUACAAUAUUUGAAAAAGGGAUGGCCAGCAAAAAUAGAAGAUUGGGGUGAAAUUAGACAUUUUCAUAAGAUAAGAAGUGAGUUAGUCUGUGAAAAGGACUUGAUAUAUUAUGGUUGUUGUUUAGUUGUUCCACAAAUAAUGCGCAAAUACAUAGUUAACAAACUGCAUGAGACACAUUUGGGAACAACUAAAACAAUAAAGAAAAGCAAACAAAUAUUUUUUUGGCCCGGGAUGGUAUCAGAUAUAACCAACUGUGUGAGCCAGUGUGAGACGUGUUUAAAGUUCAGUAAAAAUAAAAUUAAAGAACCAUUGAAAUCACAUAGUAUACCAGACUACCCAUUUCAAAAGAUAGGAAUCGACAUAGCGGAAAUAAAUGGUUGUAAUUACCUAGUGGCAAUGGAUUACUAUUCAAGAUGGUUGGAGGUUCUUAAAUUAAAAAAUAAAACAAGUGAGUCAGUAAUAGAAGUGUUAAAAAUAGUUUUUAGUCGACUCGGGGUCCCAAGGGAAAUAGUGGCUGAUAAUAACCCAUGUGGGUCACAACAAUUUAAGGAUUUUUCAAAAAAAUGGCAGUUUACAAUAAUAUUAUCCAGUCCAAAUUAUCCAAAAAGCAACGGAUUGGCUGAAAAAGCAGUGGGAAUCGCAAAGGAUAUGAUUAAGAAAGCCACUUAUGAGAAUAAAGAUUUAAAAUUAUUUUUACUUAAUUAUCGAAACACACCAGUCGCUGGUCUUAAAUAUUCUCCAGCCCAGCUAAUGAUGUCCAGAGAAUUAAGAACACCUAGUAAUUGCUUGAAUCAAAAUAUAUUUAAACCAAGAGUGGUGAAUUGUAGUGUAGAAAAUCAAUUAAAUAAAAUUAAACAAAAACAAUGGUAUGACAAAAAUGCUGGAUCAGAGGAAAAAGUAUUUAAUAAAGGGGAAAAAGUAGUUAUUUAUGAUAAGUUUAGAAAAGAAUGGAAUACGGCUGAAGUAAUGAGUAAAACCAAAUGGCCUCGUUCCUAUCUGGUUAAAGAUGGGAAGGGAAAAAUAUUGCGUAGAAACACUCACUUCAUAAAACCAGUAGAACAAAGUAUUGUAGAAAAAACCACCAAGUAUGAUGAUAUUGAGGAAGGUGAAAAGGAAGAAAAUACUGAAUUAAAACAAAAAAAUGAAUCUAAAGAAAACAAAAGUGAACAAAAGAAAGAAAAGGAACCUAAUUUAGAGGUAAAACAAAAAAGUGAGAACACUACAGUAAAUAAAAAGGAAUAUUAUACUACUAGAGUGGGUAGGCAGAUAGUGCCACCAAAGCGUUAUAAUAAUUUGUAA